AUGUCAAUCAUGAUGGCCUUGCAUAAGCCCUACCAGGGAGUUAGUGUUAUUGAACUUCAUCAAUUACAGUUGACUCAUAGUAAGAAAGCACCAAACCAUACCACAGUAAGAACCCAAAAUGUCUUUGUGGCAAUAUGGAUGACUAUAGAUGGCCACAGUGUACGGAGAGCACUCCGUACACUAAAACGACAAGCUCUCGGAUCACCUAACUUGGGAAGUGGUGAUCACGUGACUUGGCCAGGAUUUAUUAAAGAGAUAAAAUCGCUCCUGGUUGAUGUCGUGCGCAUCAUCCAGAAAUGCUUUCAAGAAGAAACCGACAGGAUCCAUUUUUGGACCAGAAUUAACACGAACAUCUACGGUAAACUAGAGGUAAAAGACCUCUUCAUCGCUGCGGCAAAGUUUGACAUGUUGGGAAAUGAAGCAGCACUAGAAUAUGGAGUAGAAUGCACUAUAAUGACGCAUAUCAUAGAUCACAAUACUCACGGGGCACUCUCGAUAAAUCUUGUCUCGUCUGAUCUGGGCAGGCUGGCAGUCGUGAGAAUGCUGGUAGAAGCAGGCAGCAACAUGGCCGAGCUGGAUUUGCAGCGGUCGAUAUCCUGGGACUGUGAAUUUGAUGCGCUGAUGGCGGUGACUGCACGACACCACGGAGACGUCGCUAUAUAUCUGCAUCUCAACCUGGCUGCCGGACUCUGUGCUUCGCGGCUGCUGCGGGUCUUCCUAGACAAAUUCAAACCUGGUCCAGGUACAUACUUGGGUAAGGAGCUAGAGCAACUUUCCAAGACUUUAGACGGACCUGAUCUUCUGGAGUCUACACUUGGGGCAAACUUCGCGAUACUUGAUGUACUACUAGAGGCUGGUAUUGACGUAGCGCUCGGGCCCUGGGCAGAUGGGGUCCUGAAUUCCUUGAAAGUCUUAUAUCCCAAACAUAUCGAAUACCUCAAUGACCAGGACCAUAAAACAACCGCCGAGGUCGGAGUUGAGUUACUCUGGCUCGUUCUUACUUCAAGUAACCAGGUAUAUGGAGCCCACAACGUGCAAGACUUUGGUAGCAGAUGGUUUUCGUCUCGCAAGUCUUGUAAAUAUCUUGUCAUGGCAGGCUGCCGCCCGGGACUGCGACAUUUUCAGGCGGCCGUACUUGAUGGGCACUUGGACAUGAUUGACAUUUGCGUACAGAAAGGGCUUGCAGUCAACGAGAGAUCGAGGCUCGUUGAAACUCCCGAUUUCAACCAUUUCCAGAUCGAACGGAACGAUGGUGAUUUCACGCCAUUUGAGCACGUAGCGAUGCAUGGAUUCAAGGAGUUUCACGCUAUCCGUGGGUCCCGCCGUAUGGUGUUCUACGGUGCAAUUAUUGAGAAUUGUUCCGAAACCUUCCGCGAGAAAUUCUUCGAUGUUCUCAAGGCGUGCGAUGACGAUUUGAAUGUACAUAAACAACCAUUCAAGCAUGCGCUCCGGUCUACACGCGCGAGAGGAGUUGUAUCAAACCGAGCUAUUGUCACAGGAGUUGAGGAGAAAGGAGAGCGCGAUCUUCUCGACCAGUUCAUGGCUAUAGAGAUGGUAAUUCUUGGGGGUCGUCUUGGCAGAUAAGGACAGUUCUCUCAUACUACAUAAUCAUUAAAUUCAUUAGACUAAUUACUACUUGUAGUACAUGACUGCAAGUUAUUCAUGACAUGACUGUUAUCAUAAGUUCUAGUUCCUGUUCCAUGUCGAAAUCCCCGACACUAAGCAGUGCAGCUCAUUCGACGAAAUGCACAAACGGGUUUGGAGCCAUCUUGAAACUCGGCUCAGAUGAAACGAUCAUGGAGGGAUCUCCCAAAUCUAGUGUUUCGUGGCAGCUGUGACUUCUCACUUGGCAGUUCCAGUGAAAGUGGCGCCGGUGAUCGUUCUUGUGACAAAGACAAUGACGGUUGUUGGGAUAACUGCUUCUGUGGCGGUGGUGCUAACGGCAACAGUUGUAACGGCGACAUCUG